AUGAGACAAUUAAAGCAUAGAAAUCAUGUCGAACACAUAAAUAAAGUGGAACAAUCAUGGAAACAUUCCAACGGCUGUAAACUGUUCAAGAACAUUGAAGACACGAUAAAGCGACGUGGUGUUGUUCGUUGUCAUAACUCUACAUUUGCAAUUGAUGAUUCAAAAUAUGCAAAGGAACAUUAG